UGCUCACAGGCGAUACAGCGAGCGACGCACACGAUGCAGAGCAAAGCGCACUCGUCGACGGGCAGCGCGGGCGUGUGCGGCGUGCUGGCGCUGAUCCUGGUCGCGUGCCUGGUGGAGUGCGCCACAGGUUCCUGUUUAAGUUACGGGCACUCCUGCUGGGGAGCGCACGGCAAGCGGUCGGGCAAGCCUCCCGCGACGGCGCCGGACUGGUACCUCACCAGGAUCCUGAGACGCAUGGUCGCCAACAGCGAACUGAACCGCGCAAAACAACUCGCCAGUCAAAAUGAAGACGCCAUCUACCGGGUGGAAGAGGACACGCCUGCGACAAACAGGUUGAUGAGUGAUAGUGAAGAAGCACCUCUGGAGCCAUCUUCAAAGGGUCUCGAAGCAAAGCCAAUGAUAGACGACGACGUUCUUUCCAAAAUGAAGCUAUGGCAAAUCAUGAGAGCAGCAUCCGACGAGAAGUAAGCACCUCAUGAUCUCCUCCGCUGAACUCGACAUAACCGAUUCCUCUGAAGCAACUCUCCGCCGGUCAGCUGCAAGGCUGGGUUGCAGUUGACCCUGUAAUAUAUAGGAUAAGUCUGUGCCAUCGCUGACAACUUCACUAUACAUAUGAUAAUACUGACUUUAUCUCCGCAUUCUAUUGUAUUAUAUUUAAAUAUAUGAUAUUUGUUGAUUCUUUGUUUCUCAUUGUUAUAUUAAAAGAUAAAAAGAAAAUAUUUUGCUUUUAGAACCUGUGCUAUUCCGUAACUUUUUUUUAUUUGUCAGUUGAAAAUCAUGUCCAUCGCUCUCUGUCUACAGUAUUGUGUUAGAGAGAGAUAAAUAGAUAUUCGAAAAUCACACAGUUGAGUUUUAAAUACACAGAUUAGUGCUAUUGAUGUCGCAAAAUAUUUUCAAAAAAAACGAAAUCCUUUGAAAGUGUACCUACGCACAUAAUGGCAGGAUUGAUUAAUUAUAUCUACUUAAUAGUUAUUUACUUUGCCUUAAUGUAGAUGUAAUGAUUACAUAGACCGAACAGAAGUAAUACAAUUUUGAUUGUGAAUACGCACGUUCUAAAGCAAUUCAAACUUUACACGCUGUUUAUCGUAUAGUUUGUAUUAUUUUAAAUUGUAUACGAAAGUUAAGAACACUUUAUUUUUCUUAAUUUAGUGUGUAUACUGUAAAUUAACUUCAUAUUAGAUUAAUUAAUAUUAAAUAUAGAUCCCUUGUUGAACCUAGUGGAAUAUGAUGUCUAACUUAUACACAAUGAAGGUUGCACAUCUGAGAAAUAAAA